AUGUCCUGCAUGUUGCUUGGAGUACUAAGGAGGCGAAAUGCCAUCAGUACAGCUUCAGUGGGUGUGCGGUCACUCGCCUCCCUCCCCUCUCUGCCCCCGUCAGUGGCGGAGUUUGUGUCGGGCGCUGUGGCUGAAUGUAAACCUGCUAAAGUGCACGUGGUCACAGGCACUCCAGAGGAGGCAGCAGACAUCCUGGCCAACCUGGAGAAAGAGGGCAUGGUGAAGAAACUCGCCAAAUAUGAAAACUGCUGGCUGGCACGUACUGACCCCAAAGAUGUGGCUCGUGUGGAGAGUAAAACUGUGAUUGUCACUAAGGACCAAAGAGACACUAUUCCCAUUCCCAGCGGAGGUGCCAAGUCCCAGCUGGGCAGCUGGAUGAGUGAGAAAGACUUUCAGAAAGCCAGAGAAGACCGCUUUCCUGGCUGCAUGGCAGGACGCACUAUGUAUGUGAUCCCAUUCAGCAUGGGCCCUGUGAACUCUUCUCUUGCUAAGUUUGGUGUUCAGGUGACAGAUUCUCCUUAUGUGGUGGCUAGCAUGGGCAUCAUGACACGCAUGGGGACUCCAGUGAUGGAAAAACUAGCCGAGGGGGCAGAGUUUGUGCGCUGCCAGCACUCUUUGGGCCGACCUUUACCACUCAAAGCUCCUUUAGUAAACAGCUGGCCUUGUAACCCGGACAAGGUGUUGAUCUCACAUCUUCCUGACACCAGACAGAUCCUGUCCUUCGGCAGCGGUUACGGUGGAAACUCGCUCCUUGGAAAGAAAUGUUUUGCUCUUCGUAUCGCCUCACGCAUUGCCAAAGACGAAGGCUGGUUGGCUGAACACAUGCUGAUUCUGGGAAUCACAAAUCCUCAGGGUGUAAAACGGUACAUUGCAGCAGCGUUCCCGAGCGCUUGUGGGAAAACUAACCUGGCCAUGAUGAAACCAUCACUGCCAGGCUGGACGGUUGAGUGUGUGGGCGAUGACAUCGCCUGGAUGAAAUUUGACAGUCAGGGUAAACUCCGAGCCAUUAAUCCAGAGAAUGGAUUUUUUGGAGUCGCCCCCGGGACGUCCCUGAAGACAAACCCUCAUGCCAUGGCAACCAUCUCCAGGAACACAGUGUUCACUAACGUGGGAGAGACCAGCGAUGGGGGCGUCUGGUGGGAGGGUCUGGAACCACCUUCACCUGGAAUCAAACUCACAGACUGGCAUGGAAAAUCCUGGAAGUAUGGUGAUUCUUCACUGUGUGCUCACCCAAACUCCAGGUUUUGUGCCCCAGCUGGCCAGUGCCCCAUCAUAGACCCCCUCUGGGAAAGUGAUGAGGGCGUCCCCAUUGAUGCCAUUGUAUUCGGUGGAAGAAGACCAGAAGGUGUGCCUUUGGUGUACGAGUCAUUUAACUGGCGUCACGGUGUGUUUGUGGGUGCAGCCAUGAGAUCUGAAUCCACAGCUGCUGCUGAACAUAAAGGUAAAGUAAUCAUGCAUGACCCCUUCGCCAUGCGUCCUUUCUUCGGUUACAACUUUGGUGACUACUUGGCCCACUGGCUGAGUAUGGAGACACGCAAGGGCCAAACCCAACUCCCCAAGAUCUUCCACGUCAACUGGUUCCGAAAAGAUCAGAAGACCGGCUCUUUCUUGUGGCCAGGGUUUGGGGAGAACGCACGCGUCCUCGAGUGGAUCUUCAAACGAUGCGGUCGUACCAGUGAAGAUGAGGCUGCCACCCAAAGCAUUGUGGGAUGGAUUCCACAAAACGGUGCCAUAAACACAGAAGGCCUGGGUGGAAAUAUCGAUAUGGGUGCCCUCUUUGACCUGCCCAAACCCUUCUGGCAGAAGGAAACACAGGAGCUUCGGACCUACUUCACCCAGCAGGUUGGAGCUGAUCUGCCCGCUCAAGUGGAAGGAGAGCUGAGGGCGCUGGAGGACAGAGUGAGGGAUUGAACACGCUACAUUACACUGAUGUUGAACAGAAGUGAAGAAUAGGAUGGGUUGAGGUGGAGGUAACUGUUUUUAUGUGACUGUUGCACUGCAGUGGAUGCUGCACCUGAGAAACACCAAACCAAAAAGUUCACAAGAUGCCAUCAGUGGUAUCAAUACCUAGGUGCCUUAUUUGAUCUUACAGUAGGAGCUAAAAACUCUAUUUAAUGUUUACAAAUGUCCCAAAAUGCCUUUUAGAUUAUUUUACUGUUAAAAUAAGACCAUAUUAUGAAUUUAAACCACAGCAUCUUCAAAAUAUGUAUAGUUCAGGAGUACACUACCUAAUAUCUGUUUGUUUUGAGCAAAGAUUUUAGACAUGUCUUGAAGGAGAGCACCAAACCAUCGGUUUUUUACUCACCUAAUGUAAGCUGAAGUUUUAUAUCUAAAGAUUUUGCUUUUUAUAAUUGGGAUUUGAUUGACACGAAUCAUGGUAAGCUAGGGUUGAAAGAUGCAGACCAAAGAACACAGACAAGUCUCUAUCAUUGAAUGUGUGCAUGAGCUGACUGAAUAAAUGCAACUCUAAAUCAAA